AUGCACGCUACUCUGUGUGUCAAGAUGCUGCAUGCGUCGAUGAUCCCCCAAGCAUUGCAACUGGCCAUGGAGGAAAAUGUAGAGUACAGGGAAUCUCUACCAAGAGGUUACCUCAACUACAUGGGCGUGGCCAAUGCAGAUGUGGUGAGCGAUGCACGCGAAGCCUUCUUGGGAAAAGUGCGACACCUGGUGGAGGAGUUGGUAAACUAUUGUCCUGUUGACGCAGCUGUUGACCAAUGUGGCAAAGCUCACCUGCACGAAGCGCUGCCGCCACUCCUUUCACAGGUUUCACCGGUGGAGCUUGCCCAUCUACAUGAAACUAUAUGGACGACAUUCAAGAAACCGGAAACCUGAAGACGAGGCUAAAAUAACAGAAGAACGUCC